CCAGCCCCCAGCCCCGUGCUGGCUCCUCCGACUGACUGUUGCUCUUCUUUUUGUAGAGCCUAGCGAUGUCUCCCUUCGGCAGCCUCUUCCCCUACCCUUACACCUAUAUGGCGGCGGCGGCGGCAGCCUCGACGGCCAACCCGAUGCACCGGCACCCGCCUUUCCUGAACACCGUGCGCCCUCGCCUGCGUUACAGCCCUUACUCCCUCUCGGUGCCUCUGCCGGACAGCAGCGGCGGCGGCGGCGGGGGCAGCUUGCUCACCACCGCCAUGCCUCCUUCCCUGGCCGGCGGCCCCGAAGGCAAAGCCAGAGCUUUAGCGCCCAGCCCCGGGUUGGGCGUCUUGGAUUCCUCCGGUUCCGAGCUCAACAGCCGCUCUUCCACGCUCUCCUCCUCCGGGUCGGACAAAGAGGCCACCAGCGAGCUACAAAACAUCCAGCGCUUAGUGAGUGGACUCGAGUCGAAACAGGACAGAGCCAGGAGCGGGUCGCCCUAAGGGUGGGGUGGGGUGGGGUGGGAGUGGGGAAGGGAGCGUCCUCUUCCCCUCCCCCCCAUUGCAGUAUGGGGGAGGGGAGGGGCACCUCCCGUUUCUCCCUCUCUCCCCCACCCCCGACCCCCGCCCUCCACGCCUUAUGGGGCCCGUCCGGCCUCUCCCAACUUGGGCAGCGGGAGUGUGUGGGGCUGGGGUCCCGGGGUGGGGGUGGGGGUGGCGAGAGAUGGAAGGAAGGAAGGAAGGAAGAAGGAAGGAA